AUGUCAUGGUUUAAGGUGACGCAGGCAGUUUAUUACACUGAAGUUUAUAUUCAAACAUUGAUAAUCUACAGUGGUUUCAUUCGAGAUUCAAUCUUUUAUUGUGAUAAAUGGGGACUUCCACCUCAACUUGUCAAAGGUAGUGAUGUUGAUGAAAUCAUUUCAUACAAAGAAUCAUUACACUUGAGAAUAAGAGGUAUGAUUAGUAUUGAUUUGUUGCUCUAUCCAUUCUAUCAUGGUUGGAUGCCACAGGAGGAUGAUGUAUUUUUCUUUAAAAUCCCAAGUACAAAGAAAGCAAUUUACAACAUUGACCCCACUGUUGUUGGAACCUCUGAUCCAAAUACAGUUAAAAGCGAGAGUCCUAUUCUGGCAGACAAUUUAAAUAUGACACAAACAAACCAAGAAGUUCAUUAA